AUGUUGAGAGCAACGGAAGGUUUGUUUCAAUCCAGCAUCUUUUUCCUCAGGACCCAGCCACCUCCUAAGCUCCCUGUGGGCCCCAGUCACAAGCUGUCUAACAAUUACUACUGCACUCGUGAUGGCCGGCGGGAAGUUGUGCCUCCCUCAGUCAUCAUGUCUUCACAGAAGGCUCUGGUGUCGGGCAAAACAGCUGAGAGCUCAGCUGUGGCAGCCACUGAGAAGAAGGCAGUGACGCCU